AUACUGACUUACUGGCAUGCCUCCGAUUUGCAAACUGCAGUUUAGGAAACAGACUCAUUAACAGCCUACUUUAUCGUGUGGAAUUUUUCUGGGAAAUUCAACAGCUGGGAAUUUCUUGCUGGUCAGGGAAAUAUCCUUGUAUUGUAUGUAAAUGAAAGGAGCAUGUCAUUUGGUCAUUCCUAGUCUGCAGCGUGUAUAAAAGACGCGUGGCUCAGCACUGAAAGUUACUCUAACAGGAAACCCUUACAGGAGAGAAGAGAAAGGCCCCUGACUCUGAAGUAUUCGCUGCACAUUCAGAGGUUUAUACUUACAAAAUAAAAAUUUUCAAUUUUAUUACUGAUUUUGGAAGAUGGCAUAUUUAUUUCUUCUUUUCCUUACUGUUUAUGGCUUGGCAUUGAUAUCCUGUGUACAAGGCUGGACCUACCACUAUUCACCAUACAAUAUGAAAUAUGAUGAUGCUUAUAAAUAUUGUACAGAAAAAUACACUUCUAUGGUGGCAAUUCAAAACCGAAUUGAAAAUGAGCACCUCAACAACAUACUGCCAUAUAAUCAAGCAUAUUACUGGAUUGGUAUAAGGAAAAAUAAAAGCACUGGCAAUUGGACCUGGGUUGGUACUAACAAGGUACUCACAAAAGAAGCUGAAAACUGGGCCAAAAUGGAACCUAACAACCUGAGUGAUAAAAAAGAUGAAGACUGUGUUGAGAUGUAUGUUAAGCGGGCUAAUGAUACAGGACAAUGGAAUGAUGAACCUUGCAGUAAGAAAAAAGUUGCUUUAUGCUACACAGCUUCUUGCCAUUCCUCUUCUUGCAAUAACCAUGGAGAAUGUGUUGAAAAUAUUAACAACUACACUUGCAACUGCUAUGAUGGCUUUUAUGGAGAAGAAUGCGAACAUGUUGUCACUUGUCCAGAAAUAAAUGGCACAGACCAUGGAUCAAUGACUUGCUCUCAUGUCAAUGGAAACUUUACAUAUCUGUCAAAUUGUCAUUUUAAUUGCUCUGAUGGAUAUGUGUUGGUUGGCUCAGAAAAUUUGAGUUGUACUAAAGAUGGAGAUUGGGGAGCUCCCAUUCCACAUUGUAAAGAAAUUCAGUGUAAACGUCCAGAGGAACCACUGAAUGGGGUGAUCAGAUGUUCCAAUGAUAGUGAAAUUCUGACAGAUAAGUCCAUGUGCAAUUUUAGCUGCAAUGAUGGUUUCAGUCUGGUUGGUUCCACUUCAGUACUUUGUAUGACACCUGGUCAGUGGACAGAAGAACCUCCAAAGUGCAACGCUUUUCAGUGCAAACGUCCCGAGGAACCAGAAAAUGGAGUAAUGGAUUGCUCAGACAAUAAAGAAAUUCUACCAUAUAAGUCUAGCUGUAAUUUCAAAUGUAAGGAAGGGUUUACUUUGGUUGGGUCUCCAUCAACGAAAUGUAUGUCCCCUUACCAAUGGACAGAAGAGCCUCCAAAAUGUGAAGCUAUUCAGUGCCAUCAUCCAGAAAUACCAAGGAAUGGAACAAUGCAAUGCUCCAGGAAUGAAGAAAUUCUACAUUAUAAGUCUUCAUGUAUUUUCACUUGUAAUGAAGGAUAUACAUUGGUGGGAUCUCUCAAAACAAAGUGUAUAGCUCCUGAUCAUUGGACAAAUGAAUCUCCAAAAUGUGAAGUUUUACAGUGUUCUUCUUUGCUGGCCCCUACACAUGGUCGGGUAGAAUGCCAAAAUGGAUCAAACUAUAACUCCAAAUGCACAUUUUCCUGUGCAGAAGGCUUUCAGAUGGUUGGAUCACCAGAUCUCCAAUGUCUGAUUUCUGGAAAUUGGACAUCUUCAGUACCUAUAUGUCAAGCUGUGCAAUGUGCACCUCUUGUUGCUCCUGAUAAUGGAGAGAUAAAAUGCCAAGAAAGUUCCAGUUACAAAUCCCAGUGCCUUUUUACCUGCCAGCAAGGUUUCAAAUUAAUUGGAUCAUCUGAUCUCAGUUGUUUAUCAUCUGGAAAAUGGACAUCAGCUGCUCCCAAAUGUGAAGCUUUAAAAUGUGAAGCUCUUACGGCUCCAUCAAUGGGAAAAAUUAAUUGCACUCACCUCUCAGGAGAAUUUGAGUAUGGAUCUGUGUGCACAUUUGACUGUGGAUAUGAUCUAUCGCUAAAUGGGUCUAGCACUAUUGAAUGUGACAGUAGUGGACAAUGGACCACAGAACCACCAACAUGUGAAGUAAUAAAAAGACCAAUCAUCUCCCCAACAUACAUCACAGUUGGAGCUGUUUCAGCAAGCGCCUCUCUCAUGUCAGUUGCUGGCCUUCUUUUAUGGCUUGCAAAACGUUUCCGUAAAACAGCAAAGAAAUUUACCCCCUCAAAUAGUUAUCAACAUUUGGAAGCAGCAGGUGUUUAUCAAAAUACUAAUGACAGCAGUGGUAUCGUAUAAAAUACGAAUUGUUUGCAGACCCAAUAAAUUAAUGAUGAUGAAAAUACAGAUAAAUGGUACUACUAGAUUUUACAAGUCUGCUGUCAUCCACAUACCGCAAUUGUUCACAUGUAGAAUUCUGAUCAGAGACAUAUACAUUUUCCCACACAAUGUAACAAUGUUACUAUUGCAAUGUUUUUAAAACAGAGUUGUUUUGCACUUGAAUAUGCAAUGGGAUGAGUUACAAAGUAGAGCAUGCUUAUUUUGCAUAGUGAACAUUUAGUUUAUACAGUGAUUGUUCACUUAGUAUGGAGCUUCAGACAAGUUACUUUGAUGAUGCCAUCAGUAAGCUGCAGGCAGGAGGAAUCAUUUACAUAGUCUCCUCUCCCUCACUGAUCAGACUGCAACAUGGUAACUUUGUAGCAAGUCAGAAUGUUAAAGGCUGCAGCAGGGGGCUUAUAUGUGUUUGCAAUUUGUGAUCACAGCGAAUAACUGCACAGGCACCAGGAUUUAUAGGAUUGUGUUAUCUCUGAAAAGUAAAUACUGACCUUUGAUAGUGCCUAGAUAAAGAUGACACCAUCCCUCUGAUGAGAAAAUCAGGCAGGAAAAUUCUCAAGGCUGUGAACUAUUUUCCCAGUGAAAGGCAGGGACGGCCCAUCCACUAUGGGCGCCUGGGCACUACCCCCCCUAUCCUCGCCACUACUUAUAUGCAUAAUGGAUAGAUUCUUGCAUAGCAAAAAUGUAUCCACUGCCGCCGUGGCCACCCCCUAUUUAUGUGUCUGGCCCCUUUUGGGUCACCGGGCAUAUGAAUUACAGCAGCCAGGUUUUUUUUUUGAAGCACUGAAUAGAGCCAUAGACUCUAAUAGGCUUCAAAAUAGGAUGGACUUGCAACACCGAUCCUCCUCCCGGCUAAUCGGGAAGCAGAUAUGAAACCUGUUUCCCGAUUGGCCAAAACGUCUGGUGAUCCUAUUGGACACCUAGCGCUGGGAAGAGGAGAGAGGAGACACCGUGGAAGCUGCUCCAAAGGAGGACACCGGAACAGCUUUCCCUGAGCCCGCCACCUUCUCACCGCCCGCAUCCAAGGUAAGGACAGUGGGUGGUGGUGUGUGUUAGUGCUGUGGGGGGGCUAAUUCCGCUCCACUGGUGGCCCGGGGGGGCUGUUUGCCCCCCCAAAAAAACUCCAGCUGCCACUGGUGACAUGUAAUAAAUACCUAUACAUUUCAUUCUUACGCAUUGUGGUUGAUUUACUAAAGGCAAAUUGGCUGUGCACUUUGCAAGCACAGUUGCAUAUAUUUUUCCCAAGAGCUUAGUAAAUGUGGUAAAGCUCUGAUGAUUUCCAUCAUCUAAUCAUGUGUAGGCAAACUUUUUUUUUUCCCUUGCUCUUGACUGGGUAUGAUUUACAAAGUGGAACUUUACCACAUUACAUUUACUAAGGAAAAUAAGUGCAACUGCACUUGCAGAGUGUACAGCUUUAGUGGGGAUGUGACCUGCAUCGGCAUGUGAGCAGUUGCUCCUCACUAAGCUCCCGCUUGGUAUCCGGCUUUGAUCCUUCCCUCUAGCACUUACCAGCUCCAUUCCACCCAGGUCAGCUGGCCCUUGCACCUCCGACUCGGCGCCAUCCUUUUCACAACUUCUCUGUGCGCAUUAUGACCAUAUUUGCCUUUAGAAAAUCAAAACCAUUAUGUAUCUUAAAAAAAUCUGAUGCUAAGACCUCUUUAAAAAAAAAAAUUUUGCUUGCAAAAAUGCUUGCAAAUUUUGGUAUGAUUGAAAUAAGUGAGCGUAAUCACUGCCUUAAGCAAACUUUCACUUUACAAAUGGGAAUUCUCUACUCCUUUCCUCAUCCUUUCCUCAUCUCCAUGACGGUUCUGCUUUAAGCAUUUUACAUUUUUUUCCUUCAGACUAAGCUAUGUCAUUUGAAGGAAUGUGAGCAGUAUUUUUUUACAUACAGCAAUUUAAUAAAAAUAUUUAUAAAUAUUUCAUUUUAGAUGAAGUACCGUAAUAGUGAAGAAAUGCUCAAAAGCAUGACACAAGUGUACCUGUUUAUAACAGUAAAGAAAGUUGUGCCAUCCCUGUGGGAUAAUAUGAAUUUAUGUUGUGAUACCGUGUAUAAUUUAUUUAUUGAACUUGAGUGAAGAAAUGUUGUGUACAUCUGCUUUUGAAAAUGAUGUUUAUAUGGCUGUUGUACUGAUCUGCUAGAUUCAGGACUUUCUGAGUGACCAACCUGUAACAGCUAUGCAGAUCAGGAAGUCUAGCGAGAAAUCAGAUAUCAGAUGCCAGCAUAACAAAGAAGUAGUAUUUAAAAGGAUAGGGUUUAUACAUAUUUAUACAUAUUUAUAUUUAUAUAUAUAUAUAAAGAUCAAAAAUAUUUUUUUCAGGUAAAAAAGUGAACUUAAAAUGUACUUUAGAUAUAUAUUUAA